GCUCAGUAAUUUCAUAAACUUAAAAUAAUACAUAAAUUAUUUCUAAGCUGUGACAUUUUUUGUGUGCUUGUAUGCCUAAACAUAUGCUUUUCAACUCUUUUGAUUUACCUAAGUUCUUGUUGGGCAUAUCAUAUGCAAAUAUUGCAUCUCAAUAAAGCCGACAUGACUACUGUCCCAAGACUCCCAACGCCCCCAAGGCCUCAAGUGGGAUAACUAAGCUAGUUAAUAGCUACAUGCUAAGGCCGUUUUGAGGAACAUAUGGUAUACUUCCACUAUAUGGAAUUAAUACUCAGUGAUGCCAUAGGAUGCCUGAUUUUAUUUUUUUUCUUACAUAUAUCAUAACACUGGUUUAUGUUUGGAUCUUCUAACACACCCUAGUUAGCUAGGAGUUUGUAAGAAUAACAUGACUAUUAUCUAAAACUUGUAUUUCAUAUCUUUUAUGAAAGAGUGGAUGAUGUGACAACUAAUCCCGUAGUAUGGAAGUAAUAUAUACAGUAUAGAAAGAAGGUUGGUGGAGAAGUGGAGGUUAAAAUAUUAGAAAUCUGAAGAUGGACUGUGUUGUGUUGCUUUGCGCCCAUUUAACUGAUUAUGAUUUUUAGAGUUUCUGGCUCAGAGAAAUUUACAGGAAAGAGAAAGAGGUGUCUGGAUUGUGUUGUUGAUCCAUUGAGAACCAUACUAUUAUGUUCGAGGUCGGACGGUGGGUAUACAAGUCUAAUAGUUAUGGGCCUUGCUUGUAAAAAUAUGUUUUGUGGGCUUUGCCACACAUCCUAAUUGAAAAAUAAUGUAGUGGUUACCAGAUGCAAUUGGGGCUGAGAUCCAUAAGCAAUAUUUUAAGUAUUAUAGUGAGCUGUUCCAGUAGCAGUUAGCACCUGAAUUUUUCCUAUCUAAUUAUUUUCCCAGUUGAGAUAUUGAGGUUUAGGUUUCCAUGUUCUAACCAACACACCACAAUAUGAUUAAUGGCCCAACAACUGCUCCAUCCCAUCAACUCCAUCUUGUUAUUCUUCUUCAACUCACUUUUGCUUGCAUAUAUAAACUCCAAUGGUAGAUUUCAAUUUCAUCAAUCAAUCAAUACAAUUCCAACCAACUAACUCCUAAAAAAAACUCACUGCUUUAGAAAAUCAACAAUGGCCUUUUCAUUCAAGAGCCAACUUUUCCCACUUACACUACUCUUUCUCAUUGCAUUUGCCACUUCAGCUCGAAUCCUCGAUGAAGUAGCUGCACCUGUCCCUGAAGCAGAUGCCCCAGUUACUGAUGAAGCUUCAGGAGUUGGCUCUGGAAUUGGGGCUGCUGGUGGAGCUGCUUCCUCUGUAGGAGGGGCUUCCAGUGGAGUCUCUAACACAGGAGGUGGGGCUACUGGAGGUGGGGCUGCUGGUGGAGUUGGUGGAGGUGCAGCAGCUGGGGGAGUUGGUGGAGGUGCAGCAGCUGGUGGAGGUGCGGCUGCUGAUGCAGCAACAGGAGCCGAUGCUGGAGACGUGGCACAUGGGGAACACCCUGAAUUGAUCUUUUUCAUGCAUGACAUCCUAGGAGGAUCUAACCCUACAGCCAAAGCAAUCACUGGUGUUGUAACCAAUCCUGCUGUUAGUGGGCAAGUCCCCUUUGCUAAGCCCAAUGGUGCAAUCCUCGCUAACCAGAAUGGUGGCCGUCAGAGCAAUGGCAACUCUGGUACUAUGAACAACAACAAUGUCCCCUUCCUCACUGGUCUUGGUGGCAUUAAUUCUAAUGUGAUGCAGAACAGUGGUAACAACUACGUAGGAGGGAAUGGUUUCCCUGUUGUGAACGGAGCCCAGCUCACUUCAGGGACAUCCCUGCAGCAGCUUAUGUUCGGAACUAUGAUUGCAAUAGAUGACGAACUCACUGAAGGUCAUGCACUUAACUCAGGUAUGGUAGGCCGGGCACAAGGGUUUUAUGUCUACAGCUCAGUAGACGGUAAGACCCAAACCCUGGCCUUUACUGCUAUGUUCCAAGAAGGUGGUUAUCAUAACAGUAUCAACUUCUUUGGGGUUCAUCAGACUACUGUCUCUGAAUCUAUUGUUUCCAUAAUGGGUGGAACUGGAAAGUACGUCAAUGCAAAGGGAUUUUCCGUCGUCAAAACACUGCCACCUGUUGAUCAGCAUGAGACCGAUGGCCUUCAGACUGUGCUCGAGUUCUCUGUUUUCCUUACAUACUAGUGUGCGUUAUUGUGUAAUUAUUGUGAUUUCUGAUUUUUAUUGUAAAUCUGAAUAUGUGUAAACCAAUUUGAGUGCUAUGAAAAAUUUGGUUAUUUUUAUUA